UGGCCAAGUGCCACUAGUUCCAAAUUGCAAUAGCAUGAAAGGGUCCUCUCAAAAGGGUUUCGUUGGAUCUUAUUGAUUACUAGCACUAUAUAUUAAUGGCACGAGUUUAUUUGUAUACACUCAUUAGGAUCAUCAUAUUUCUGCUUAGGCUUUUAGCCUUGGGGGCUAGUGUUGCAGCCAUUGUUAUCAUGGUCACCAGCCAUGACUCUGCUCAAGUCUUGGGCAUGACCUUUGAAGCCAAAUUUGCUAACACGCCAACGUUCAAGUACUUUGUUGGAGUGAAUAUACUAGCAAGUGCCUAUUCCCUCAUAGUUCUUUUUUCCCCUACCAAGAACUUGCUGGGACGCAUUAUACUCAUUUCAGAUAUCAUUAUGACAUUGCUGUUGGACUCAAGCAUAUCAGCAUGUUUGGCAAUAGCACAAGUGGGGAAAAAGGGGAACAGUCAUGCAGGUUGGCUACCAAUUUGUGGACAAGUUCCAAAGUUCUGUGACCAUGUUGCUGGAUCUCUUAUUGCUGGAUUUGCAGCUUCUAUUCUCUAUUUUCUUCUUCUUCUUUGUUCUUUUCACAAUGUUCUAAAUCUUUACACUCUCAAAGCUUAGACUUAUAAUCCUCCUUCUUCGUGGAAAUUUUACAGCUUUUUGUUGAUCUUUUCUUAAAGAAUAUCAUUCCCCCGGCCCUAUUUUGUACUAUUUUUUGUGUUUCUAGAUACAUGCUAUAUGUAGUUGAAAUAUUGUAAUGCGAAAAGAAAGAUUUAAAGACAUCUUUGUCAUGUUUGGUAUGCUUAUCUUCACAUAAUAUAAAUAUAAUUAAUGUUUCAAUC